AUGGCUAUAGAUGCCGACGAUGAGCGACCUCUCCUCGCACCAUCGACCUCGUCCACUCCAUCAACAAGCCCAAAACCUCUAUUUCAGAACGAGGAAGCAUCGCAUGGAACGACCGAUGAAGGCAUUUUCCGCUCGAUAGAAGAUGAUGUUCUUCCCGAAACCUCCGUCUUAGGCCGCACAAUCAGCUGGCCUAGCGCCUAUAUUCUCGUUAUCUCCAGCGUCAUUGGAAGCGGCAUCUUCGCGACACCUGGCGUAAUUGUAAAGUCUGUUGGCAGCAUUGGUCUCAGUUUGACUUUGUGGGUGGUUGGUGCCAUCAUCGCUGCCUGCUCACUUGCAGUCUCACUGGAAUACGGGAUUUUCAAGCCGGAAGGUGAGGGUGACAGACGAAGCCAUUUUCCAAAAGGAGAUGACCUUUGGAAGGAUACCGAGUGGGGCUGGGGUGUCAUUUCGACAACGCUGUUCAAGGUAUUCUACUCAUAUGCAGGACUCAGCAACAUCAACAACGUCAUGAACGAGGUGAAGAACCCGAUCAGAACACUAAAGUCGGUGUCGGUCUCUGCGCUAGUUACAGCAAGUGUCUUGUACUUGCUGGUCAACAUUGCAUAUUUCACCGUGGUACCGCUUGACGAGAUUAGAGAGAGCAAAGAAUUGAUUGCGGCACUCUUUUUUGAGCGAAGCUUCGGACCAAACCUUGGAAAAACAAUUCUACCCCUGGCCGUAGCGCUCUCUAGUGCGGGAAAUGUUAUGGUUGUUACGUUCGCUUUGAAGUCGAAGAAUAUCCUGGAACCGUCUUUUCUCUGGCAACUUCAAUCGGUCUACUUUGGCUACGAUACAAGCGACCAGAUUUAA